AUGGCCCCGAAGCCGAAAGAAAGACCACCGCAGGAAAGAGGCCGAUCACCUGUGAGAAAAGAAAAGGGCCGCAGGAAGGGAGAAGAGAAAGGAAAGGAAGGAGCAGGAAAGGCCAAGAGCUUAGAAGCCAGGGACCGGAGUGAGCCGCCGGCUGCCUCGGCCGCGGCUAACCCGAGCCCUGGGCCGGUCGUAGCACCGAAGCUCGAAGGGGUGCCUGAAAGCGUCCGGCUCCUUGCGCAGAAAAGGGCCAACAGACUUGUGGCCGAAGGUGCGGAAGAAAACUGGAGAGAAGCUCCGACGUUGAGCUACAGCCAAAGGUUAAUGGCUGCAAAGGAAGCGUCGCGAGGAAUGAGAGGGAGCGUGGUACAAGCUGUUUACAGAAACACGCUUCGACGCAACACAGGCCUAGAUGAAACCUGCAGCAGCUGCGACGACCGACAGAAAAGAGCCAAUAGUGUCGUUCGUGCUUUUGCACGAGCUUCAGUUCGAAGAAUAAGGGAAAGGCUUGCUGCAAAGAGAGAAAAGAAAGAAGCUAAGGAGAAGAAAAGAAAGAUGGAGAAAAGCGAAGACGAAGAAAGCCUCUACGAGUGUGAAGAUGACCUGAUAGAGGUAGAAAAGGGCGUCGAAGGAGACGACGAAGGCACCAGCGACCAGGAGGCCGACGAUGUGGCCACCACCCUUGCGCAGGAGCUCAGCCCGCAAGAGGAGCCAGAGGAGCCUGAGGAAAAGAAGCCUGAGAACCUCCCAGGCCAAAGGACCGUGGGCUCAUCGAGCUCAAUGAUGAUGCACCGUGUGGUGGAAAGCCUGGAGUUGGGAAGACUGUGCCAUCGAAGGGACGAGCUGCAGUUGCAAGCCGAGACUGCCGAGGAUCCAGACACCCACGACCAGGCCGAGGAAGAACUGAAGAAAGUGCUGGAGCGGAUUAAGGACCUUAAGGGCUACAUCCGCUCGAGUGACCAGAACAGACCAACAAAGCUCACCGAAGCCAACCGGACGGAUAGCUCGUUCCACGACAUCCGUUACUACAAGGCCUUGGAAGCUGGGGUACACCGGCGAGUGGCGUGGAUGCAAGAAAAGAAGAGGCGUCGAGCCACUCUCUUUCGAAUGAGGACAACAGCAGAGAGAGCUGAAAAGAAAAGGGAGCUAGAAGAAAGAUGGCUGGAGGAGUUUCGAAACCGAGGCGAAAGAAAAGACGAGGACUACCAAGAUGCAGACAACGAGAAGUUAGAUGCAGAAGGCAUCGAGACUGAGGUGUUGCUUCCAGGACAAAGCUCGGGAAGUGUGAAAGUUGCAAAGGGAGCAAAAGCAACAGAGAAGAAAAGAGUCAGGAAGGCCCUGACCAAAGAGGAACUUGAAAGGUUCAAGGAGGAGCUGAAAGAAGACGAGAUAGCCCUCCUGAACAAGCCAAAGGCUUCAAAGAGUACCAACCCGAAGGGGACCCAAAGGUCGAAGGAAGCCUUGGCACGGAGAAAGGCCAACCAAAGAAAGAAGCAAAAGGAGGUGAGGAAGCAACAGCAGAAGAACGUAGAGACCCUCCAGACCGCUCCAAAGAAAGAAGUAAAGCAGCAGCAGAAGAACGUAGAGACCCUCCAGACCGCUCCGAAGAAGGAAACAGAACAGCGUAAGGGCACGGAGACUCCUCAGGCUGCUUCGGCCGAGGAGGCUCCAAGGGCAAAGACAAAGCCCGAGGUGAAGCCCAAAGCUGGCCCGGCACAAAGACCCCUGACGAUCGCCAGGGCGCCCCCGGUGGCCAAGGCAAAGGAAAGCCAAGAGCUUCUGCGCAAGCAAAUGGCGCAGCGGCGAGCCGCAAGUGAGGCAAUGGCGUCGAACGCUAAGGCCCUGGGGAACACGCGCUGCUACGCCAGGAAGCCAGGUGGAGCCGGGCACAGUGCAAGUGACAAGGUCACCUGGAACUUGGACACGGGAGCCGCCGCAAGCGUGGUACCCACGGACCUGGCGAAAACACUCGGCGAAAGCGUGGCAGGAGGAGAAGUGAGGUUUAAAACAGCCUCAGGAGAACUCCUGAACUCACAAGGAAAGGUGCAACUGAAGGGCUUAAACGAGUCCUACCGCAAGGUCGCCGUGACAGCGCACGUUGCGGAUGUGCAUCGACCUCUAGCUGCCGGGAGCAGCGUCGCCAAGCACAGCCUCAUCGUGCUUGACGAGGAUGGAGGAGUGAUGGUGCACAAGAACACUCCAGCGUACGACAGGCUACGCAAGGAAAAGGGAGUGUACGUUUUCCACCAGUGGGCUGCGAAGCCCAAGACCCCUUUUGCGGGGCAAGGCGAAGAGAAGGAAGGAGACGGAGUCGAAGUUGCAAAAGCCAAAGUUGCCAGAAGUCCGAAAGACCCCACGAGGGAGGAGGUCGAGGAACACCUCGCCACUUCGCACGCAGUGCACCGGUCCUGGUGUGGACACUGCGUGAGGGCUAGAACCACGCUGCAUCGGCAUGGUUCCGCCCGAGAUGAAGACGAGGAAGAAGGAUCACUACCUGUGGUCGCAAUCGACUACUUCUGGUACAGCGAAGAAAAGAAGGACACUGCUAACUUGCAAGUCAAAGACAGCAAGAGCAAGUGCGUGUGGGCCUCCGCGGUCCCACAGAAAGGAGCAGACGACUACGCAGUUAACUUCCUGAUCAAUUGCCUGAAGGAAACGGGGUACCAGCGUCUGAUCUUGAAAUCAGACAAUGAAAAUUCCAUCAAAGCCCUGAAGGAAAAGAGAUGGCACCCAAAGACUGCGCGUACCUUGUCCACGUGUCCACCAACACAACAAGUCCCCGGUCGGCGCCUGAUUACUGCGUCGGGAGUGACUGUCUACCAUCCGGCUGCCUUGCUGCUGUGCGUCCCGACUUCUACGUUGGCAGCGCCAGUCACUCCUCACAUGCUCCAGCGAGCAUACCUGGCGAAGGCGGACACCGAUUUGCGUGUCGUGAUUGGGGCCAUGUUGGUUGCGCCUUUCAUUGCACAGCCGCCUGGCAUUGUGAUGGGGCUUGUGAAGGCUGCCGUCAAGGCUGAAGUGCGGGGAAUUGAAAUCGUCCUGCAAGAGGGACCUACUGGCGACAAACAAGCCAAUGGACUGGCUGAAAUAGCUGUGCGAGAAACAAAGCGGCAGUCGCGUGCUUUGUUCAGCGAGCUUGGAGAGAAGUUGGGUAAGAUAGAACCAUCUCAUCCAUUGCUCUUGUGGCUGUCCAGACACGCCACCUUCUGCUUGAGUCGGUUCAAAAUUGGCGAUGACGGGAGAACCCCGUACACGAGGCUGACAGGCCGAAAGUGGAAAAGGCCAAUGGUCCAGUUCGGAGAGAGAGUGUGGUUUCGACCACUGGAAGCCUACCGCAAGGGCGGAGACCUGGAAACCAAGGUACUUGAGGGCCUAUACGUGGGCACCCAUGGAAGGAACGCAGACGUCCUCUGCAUGACAGAGACUGGUGUGUACAAGGGCACCAGUGUGAAGAGGAUGCCCGAGGGACAAAGAUGGAAGAAAGAAAAUUUCGACAAGUUGUUGGGAGCCCCGCGGAAAUUGAGACCCAACCUAAGGGACAAAGAAGAUGUGGACACCACAGUGGUGAUCAAGCUUCCUGAAAGCAAAGAAAAGCUUACUCCGAUUCCAAGAGAUUCAGGACCAAGAAAUUUCUACGUGAGAAGAAAGGACCUGAAGAAGCCGGACGGGAGUGACGACUUCACUCCGGGAUGUCCUGGUUGUCACGCAAUCAUGUUGGGACUUCCGGCGGUCACACAUGACCCACAUUGUAGAGAGCGCAUUCGAAAGAAGAUUGCGGACACGGAGGAAGGACAGCUGAGGCUGGAAGAUGAGAGGAAGAGGAAGGCCGAAGGCGAGAAAACACCAGGUGCCACAGGAACCAAGGAAUUAAAGGUCAGUGGAGAACCAGACCCAGAAGACAUGGAAGUCUCUGCAAGAACCGCGACUGGAGGUGAACCUCCUAGUUCGCCGAAAAGAAAAGACAGCACAGUAUCGGGCACACCUGAAACAAAGCGAAAGAAGGAUGCCGAGAAGAGAGGCACGCGAAGAGAAAGCUCCACGACAAUUGAUGAUCUGUACCAUGAAGGGGAAGAGAGCGCCGACCCUCAGACUGUUUCGGUCGAGGGAGCGCCAACUCCUAAUGUGCAGAUAGGAGGAGGAGGGGCAACGCCCUUGGACGAUGUCACUACGAAGCAAACAAACAUGCUUCUGAAGAAAGUAGCCGAAGCUUACGAGGGGUACAUCCUUGAACUAGAAAGGGAAAGAGACACUGGCGAAGCCUGGAACCUGGAGAAAGACUUGCUCACGUUACAGGCCACACUUACGCGUGAAAACACCUACCUCUUGAUAGGUGAUGGAAGGAAACCGCUGUCUGCAGCCGUCGAGCUAUACUCCUUCCAGAAAGAAAGAGGGAAGUACUUCCUGCAUGAACAAGUGGGAACCAAAGAACGAAAGCAAUCGAAGCAAGUGGAAAGAUUCCUAAAGGAAGACGGUGUGUACAAGAUACACACGGAGUGCAAAUUACAUGAAGAAGGAGGCUACAGAAGAAAACCGGUGACGUGGAUCACCAACAGCAAGGACAUAGCCGAGAGACUACGACCAGUGAAGACGAUGGAAAGGAGACCACGACAAAUGCACAGCAUUCUCCAGAUCAGUGCCAUCGUGGGAGGCCUCAAGGCCCAGAUGGAAUCUGAUGGAGAGAUUGAUGAACAUGUCAGUGCCGUCGGCGCAGGGCCGACGCCGCACGAAAAGGAAGACCACAAGGAAGAAUACUACGAGGGAUGGUUUCCUGAAACGGAAGACCAAGAGGUGGUCUACGACUCUGUAACAGGAGUUCAGUUGGAACUUGAGAAAGUGCUAAAAGCGAGGAGAGAAGAACUGGACUGGGUACACAAAGCCCAGGUGUACACCAAGGUGCCACUCGAGGAGUGUCACAACGAAACUGGAAAGGAGCCCAUCACGUUGAAGUGGGUGGACCGGAACAAGGGAGACCAGAUCAAAGAGAACUAUCGAAGCAGAUUGGUUGUACGAGAAAUCAAGAAACAACAUGGAGCACUACCAGUGCAUGAAAGCACAAGUUCAAUGCCUCCACUCGAGGCAGCCAAGCUACUGUGCAGCUUGGCGGUUUCUCGAAAGACAAGCAAACGAGGCAAGCCACUCAAGCUAGCCUUGUACGACAUAAGCCGAGCACACUUCUACGGAGUCGCAAAGCGAAAGAUCUUCGUUACACUACCACCUGGAGACGAAGAACCAGGAAUGUGUGCGUUAUUGCUCAAGAGCAUGUACGGCACAAUGGAUGCCAGCCAUGUGUGGCAAAGCGAUUACAGUGAACUCCUAAGCUUACAUUCGUUCACCACCGGAAAGGCAUGGCCGUCAGUCUUCAGACACAGCGGGGAAGACCUGACCCUGCUUGUACAUGGAGACGACUUCUUCGUUUUAGGGGAUGAUGAAGGCCAAAGCUUCAUGAAGGAAGUGCUCAAGAAACGUUACGAGUUUCGCACCGAUGGAUACAUGGGAAUGGAUGAGUCUGACGACUCUCAUGUUACCGUGUUGAAUCGGUUGAUCACAUUGGACAAGAAGAGUGGAACGAUUACCUUUGAAGCCGACCCACGGCAUGCAGAGAUGAUUGUUAAACAGCUUGGGCUGGAAUCGGCCAAGGCUGUUGCUACUCCCAACGAGAAAAAGAAACUAACAGACGUGUUGGCAGCAAAUGGCCUGCCACCAGUCAAUCGGGAACGUGCAACGUUCUACCGAAGCUUGGUGAUGAGGGCACAGUUCCUUGCACAAGACCGAGCUGACCUGAACGAGACAGUUAAGUGUCUUACACGAAAGAUGCAGAACCCUACGGACCAAGAUCUUUCAGAUCUGAAGCGUUUGGGACGCUACUUAAAGGGCAGACCAAGAGUCCAGACUAGAUUCGAAGCGCAGAAGAUGCCUGAGAAGCUCACUGUUUUCUGCGAUUCAGAUCAUGCUGGCUGCCUACUGACCCGACGGUCUACGACAGGGUUAGCUGUAAUGUUCGGAAGACACUGUGUUAAGCACAGCAGCAACAUGCAAUCUACCGUUGCUCUUAGCAGCGGGGAAUCGGAAUACUACGCAGCCACGAAGGCAUGUGCGUUGGGAAUGUCUAUCCAAGCGUUGCUGGAAGACUGGGGAUAUCCAGUACGACUGGAAGUCCGAACAGACUCCACGGCAGCGAUUGGUACUGCAAGCCGGAGGGGACUCGGCAAGCAGCGACAUGUGCAAACCAGAUUCCUUUGGUUGCAAGAGAAGAUUGCUGACAAAAGAGUGUUGCUGAAUAAAGUGCACACUCAAAGCAACAUUGCCGACUUGAUGACCAAGCCAAUGACCAGGGAAAGCUGUGAGAAAUUAAUGUCGUUCAUGAACCAAAGGCCUUGCACCUCUUCUACGCCAUGCCUGCAUGGCGUAGUCAGCUUCAACGCGGCGAUGAGCGCCGCGGCCACGUCGGCGUUGUGGCCUUUGGCCAUCCACCUCCUUGCCCGCCUUGAAGAGGAGAGGCUUCCGCCGACGGACGUGACCUUAAACUCAGCCCUUGACGCCUGCGCUCGAGGGGGUCAGUGGGAGCUCGCCCUUUCCUUGCUGGAUGCCGGGCAUGCGGAUGUGGUAAGCUGCGGCACUGCCAUCAGUGCCUGCAGCCUGCAGAGCCUGUGGCGGCAUUGCCUGGAGUUGCUGCAGGAAAUGCCCAGGCGGAGCGUGGCGCGGAAUGUCGUGACCUUCACCAGCGCCAUCAGCGCAUGCCACAACUGCAGCCAGUGGCUCAUGGCCCUGUCCCUCCUCGUCUCCAUGGCCGAUGCGGCAGCGGAGCCGAACACUGCCACCUACAACUCGGCGAUUGCGGCCUGCCACGACGCGGAUCAGUGGGCGCAGGCCCUGCACCUGCUCUUCGUCAUGCACGCGACCGAGGUUGCCGUGGACGUUUCCAGCUAUUCCGCAGUGAUCAGCGCUUGCAGAUGGACCCUGUCACUCGCGCUUCUAGAGGACAUGGAGCAAGCCAAGGUCGUGCCCAAUGUCGCCAGCUUCCGGGGAGCACUUCAAAGUGCCAUCCGUGCUGCACACUGGCAGCAGGCUCAGCCGUUGUUCGCCAAGAUCGCCGCUGUGGAGGUGGAGCUCUCUCUUCUGCAGGGCUGA